CCCCGGUCUCCCGUGGUUCGCUGCCGCGGCGUCGUGUACCGUCGCUGUCCGGUUUUCUUUUGACUGCCACAUAUGGACUCCCGAAAAUCUCCUAAGGAAACUGUCCUCAUUACAGGAGGAGGCGGCUAUUUGGGUUUCCGCCUUGGCUGUGCUCUGAACCAGAAGGGAGUCCAUGUGAUUCUGUUUGACAUCAGCAGUCCUGCUCAAUCCAUUCCAGAAGGAAUCAAGUUUAUACAUGGAGACAUUUGUCACCUCGCUGAUAUAGAGAAAGCCUUCCAGGAUGUGGAUGUCACCUGUGUGUUCCACAUUGCCUCUUACGGUAUGUCAGGGCGAGAGCAGCUGAAUCGAAGCCUGAUCGAAGAAGUCAACAUUGGGGGCACAGACAGCGUCAUCCAGGCCUGCCGGAGGAGAGGGGUGCCAAGAUUAGUUUACACCAGCACUUUCAAUGUCGUGUUCGGAGGUCAAGUUAUCAGGAAUGGAGAUGAGUCUCUGCCUUACCUACCUCUUCACCUCCACCCUGAUCACUACUCUCGGACCAAAUCCAUUGCAGAGAAGAAGGUGCUAGAAGCCAAUGGUACAUCCCUGGAAAAAAGCGAUGGUGUCUUAAGAACUUGUGCCCUGAGGUCAGCCGGUAUCUAUGGGCCUGGAGAACAAAGGCACCUUCCCAGAAUAGUGAGCUACAUCGAGCGGGGCCUGUUCAAGUUUGUGUAUGGGGAUCCCAAGAGCCUGGUUGAAUUUGUCCAUGUGGACAACUUGGUGCAGGCUCACAUUCUGGCCUCAGAGGCCCUGAGAGCUGACAAGGGCUACAUCGCCUCUGGGCAGCCCUACUUCAUCUCAGAUGGCCGACCCGUGAACAACUUCGAGUUCUUCCGGCCCUUGGUUGAGGGCCUGGGCUACUCGUUCCCAUCCAUUCGCCUGCCCUUGACCCUCAUCUACUGUUUUGCUUUUCUAACAGAGAUGGCCCACUCCAUUUUGGGUCAAUACUACAACUUCCAGCCCUUCCUCACCCGCACAGAAGUUUACAAAACCGGCGUCACACACUACUUUAGCCUCGAGAAGGCCAGGAAGGAGCUAGGUUACGAGGCCCAGCCAUUUGACCUCCAGGAGGUAGUAGAAUGGUUUAAAGCCCGUGGUCAUGGCAGAAGUCCUGGGAGUCAUAACUUUGCGUGUCUUAUUUGGGACAGGCUGUUGAUCCUACUCUUGGGUAUAGCAGUUUCCACAUGGCUGACUUCCGUGAUUUUGUCACGGUGAAG